CUCUGCCGUUCGUCCUCUCUGGUCCAGGUCUGACCCGUCUCUGUCUCCUCUCAGCCAGAGGAGCUCUGAGACGUUUCCUCUCGUCGUCCCCUCAUCCCUGUUCCCACCAUGGAUACUUUUUUCCGGCGCCACUUCAAGAGGAAGGACGUCCCCCUGCAGACGGAGGGCGGGGCCAAGCCCUGCCGCCAGCGGAGGCCCAGCGUGGCCGUCCCCACCAGCAAAGCCCGGCGCCGCUCCAGUGUUGGACUCCCCUCGUCCUCCCUGGCCCAGCGCCGCCGCUCCAGCGUUCAGAUGCCGGACGCCAGACGUCCAGGGCCUCUGUGUGCAGGGGGGGGGCGUCUGGCUAAGGUGGGGGCGGGGUCGGGACAGGGCCGGCAGCGGGGGCGGCGCCGACGUUCCAGCACCACCACGCCCAGCCUCAACCCCCGGUUCGCCGUGUCCCGGGGGAAGGUGGGGAAGCUGAGGACCAUCGACUCCCACCUGCUGGGGCCGUCCAUGCUGCUGGCCAGUCUGAUCCAGAUGACAGAGGAGGAUGAGGGUGGGGCAGCGGCGCCCGGGGGGGUGGGGCUACCACCGGCCGAGGAGGAGCAGCAGCUGGAGGUGAGGGGCGGGGCCAACAGCAGGAGGAUGUUCUCUCGCUCCAGCAGCCUCCAAUCAGACAGAGGAAAUGACAGCAGCGACUUCUCCAGCGACAGCCAAUCAGGAUCAGGAUCAGGAUCAGGAUCAGGAUCAGGAUCAGGAUCGGGAUCAGGUUCAGGUUCAGAGUCUCCCAAACCCCACCUCCCCCUGACCUCCCCCCCACCCUGCUCCUCCUCCUCUGUGGAGGUGAUGGUAAAGACCCCUCAGCUGCCUCCAGCCUCGAGGCCCCUGAUCCGGGCCCCUCGCUGCCUCCGCAGGAACUCCUCUCAGCUGUUUCCAGGAGACUCCGCCCCCUAUGGCGCCCAGCGGAAGAGGAAGAGGAAGAGGAGGAUCUCCACCAUCUCCAAAGCUGGGAGCCCCUGGCCAGGGAGAGGCGCCCCCCUGUCCAGCCGCAAGACCUCAGUCUACUACCUCCACCAUCCGGGCUUCUGCAGAGGCCCCGGGGCCCUCAGCCCUCUGGGGGCCCACGGCUACGACUCCCACCUGGAGAGCUGGAGCACCUUCCUGCUGAAAGCCAUCGCUAAGUCCGGUGUGCAGCACGCUCCAUCCCAGGCCGACGUGUCCCUGUCUGGACCCAGCGACGCUCUGCAGGAACCGAGCAGCACCGUGGACUGGACCGAUAAUGCUCAGGUUGGAGAACACGUCUGGUUUGAGGCCAGCGUCUCUGGAGACUUCUGCUACGUUGGGGAACAGUACUGCAUCGCCAAGUCUCUGCAGAAAUCUGUAUCGAGGAGGAAAUGUGCUGGAUGUAAGAUCUCAGUUCACACCAUGUGUAUGGCUCAGCUGGAGAAGAUUAAUUUCAGGUGUAAGCCGACGUUCAGGGAGCCGGGGUCUCGAGCCGUCCGAGAGCCGAGCGUCGUCCGACAUCACUGGGUCCACAGACGGCGUCAGACUGGGAAGUGUCGGCAGUGUGGGAAGGGCUUCCAGCAGAAGUUUUCAUUUCACAGCAAAGAGAUCGUUGCCAUCAGCUGCUCAUGGUGCAAACAGGCGUACCACAACAAGGUGGCGUGCUUCAUGCUGCAGCAGAUCGAGGAGUGCUGCUCUCUGGGAGCUCACGCUGCCGUCAUCAUCCCACCCACCUGGAUCAUCAGGGUCCGCAGACCUCAGUCGUCUCUGAAGUCCAGUAAAAAGAAGAAAAGGACGUCGCUAAAAUGCAACAAGUCGACCAAGAAGGCGUCCGAGUUCCAAGAUGGCCGCUGGAAGCCCUUCCUGGUGAAGCCCCUCCCCUCUCAGCUCAUGAAGCCUCUGCUGGUGUUCGUUAACCCCAAGAGUGGAGGAAACCAGGGAGCAAAGAUCAUCCAGUCCUUCAUGUGGUACCUGAACCCCCGGCAGGUGUUCGACCUGACCAAGGGUGGACCUAAAGAGGGGUUAGAGUUGUAUUCCAAGGUUCCCAACCUGAGGAUCCUGGCCUGUGGAGGGGACGGGACAGUUGGGUGGAUCCUCUCCGUCCUGGACCAGCUGAAGCUUCAUCCUCCGCCCCCCGUCGGCAUCCUCCCCCUGGGCACCGGCAACGACCUGGCCAGGACCCUCAACUGGGGAGGGGGCUACACAGAUGAACCCAUCACUAAGAUCCUGUCCCACGUGGAGGACGGGAACAUCGUGCAGCUGGACCGAUGGAACCUGAAUGUGGAGGCGAACCCAGAGGCCCGGCCGGAGGACCAGGACGAGCACCAGACGGACAAGCUUCCCAUCGACGUCUUCAACAACUACUUCAGUCUGGGCUUCGACGCUCACGUCACGCUGGGCUUCCACGAGUCCAGAGAGGCCAACCCAGAGAAGUUUAACAGCCGCUUCAGGAACAAGAUGUUCUACGCAGGAACGGCCUUCUCAGAUUUCCUCAGUGGGAGCUCCAAAGAUCUGGCCAAGCACAUCAGGGUGGUGUGUGAUGGUACAGACCUGACAUCUAAAGUUCAGGACCUGAAGUUACAGUGUCUGCUCUUCCUCAACAUCCCCAGGUACUGUGCUGGUACCGUCCCGUGGGGUCACCCCAGCGAACAUCAGGAUUUUGAGCCUCAGCGUCACGACGACGGCUGCAUCGAGGUCAUCGGCUUCACCAUGACGUCCCUGGCCACGCUGCAGGUGGGCGGUCACGGUGAGCGACUCCAUCAGUGUAAAGAAGUGACCCUGACCACCUACAAGUCCAUCCCCAUGCAGGUGGACGGGGAACCCUGCAAACUGGCUCCGUCCAUCAUCCGCAUCAGCCUGAGGAACCAGGCCAACAUGGUCCAGAAGACUAAGAGGAGGAUCUCCAUGCCCCACCUCAACGACCAACAGCCUCUUCCUGAGAAGCUGCAGAUCAGAGUGAACAGGAUCAAUAUGGCGGCAUACGAAGCUCUGCACUACGACAAGGACCAGCUGAAGGAGGCCUCAACCCCUCUGGGGGCCAUCACCGUCCCUGGAGACAGUGACCUGGAGACCUGCCGUCUCUUCAUUGACCGUCUCCAUGACAACCUGGACCAGGACUGCGAUGAGACAAAGGGGGGCGCUCCAGCUCCACACAAACUCUCCAUGAAGUGGUGUUUCCUGGACUGUACAACAGCUGAUCGCUUCUACCGGAUCGACCGAGCUCAGGAGCACCUCCACUACGUGACAGAGAUCUCCCAGGAGGAGCUCUACAUCCUGGACCCCGAGCUGCUCCCCAAGGAGACGGUGGGCACCUCCCCCAGCAUGCCAGACCUGGUGGACUCAGAGGAGCAGCAGAGACAGUUCUCCUUCCUCCAGUCCUCCCCCACCUCCUCCUCCACCUCCACCAGUCAGAGGAAGAGGAUCUCCAGCGACAGCUCGGUGGCUGAAGCUUUGUCCCAGAGCUCCUCUAAGACCAACCUCUGCAGGAGAGGAGCAAAGUUUGUCAAUGUCCAUCGCUCCAACACGACUGUGGCUGAUUUCAGACCCGUCAUCAGACCUGCUACCUCACGCCAACAAGAAACAGAUGAGGAGCUGAUCCGCUGCGUCCACAACCAGGACCUGGACACGCUGAUGGAGCUCCACCAGGGGGGGGCGGACCUCCUGCUGCAGGACGCCGCCGGCUGCACGCUGCUGCAUCACGCCGUGGAGGCCGGCUGCAAGGACGUCCUCAAGUACCUCAUCGACAACGUGCCGACGUCUCACCUGGACGUGACGGAGAGACAGACAGGAGACACUGCUCUGCACAAAGCGGCUUCGUCCCAUCAGAGGAGCGUCUGUCGCUUCCUGGUUGAGGCCGGAGCGUCGCUCAUGAAGACCAACCUGCAGGGGGAGACUCCUAAGCAGAGGGCGGAGGAGGCCGAGGACCAGGACCUGGCCGAGUACCUGGAGAGCUGCCAACAUUACCAGAUGAUCCAGAGGGAGGACCAGGAGACGGCGGUCUGACCUGUCCACCUGUCCACCUGUCCACCUGUCUGUCCGUAGUCUGUAGACCUGGAUGUGGCCUCACGUCGCUGGAGACGGUCGGAGACUCUUGGAUGUUUAGUUAAAAUCUAUUUAUGAUAAAAAAAUAAAAAAACAUUUGCUUGUGAUCAAACUGAACUUUAGAGAUUCCAGUUAAAAGCUUUUCUUUCUGUUAUGGGAGG